GGUUGGGUUGCCUCUUCUCUGGACAUUAUCAGCGCAACAGACAAACUUUACCAGCUGCCUAGGAGCAAGAGGGCCUCAAUGUAUGAGAGAAGUUUGAGUAAAAUAUAGUCUACAAUCUUUUUUAAUUUUAAUUUUAAGUCUUAGGCAUAAUUACCAGUGAAUUAUCAUUACUUUACUUGUGGAGGAAAACGUAGGGUACAUUUGAGACCAUAAUAAGUGAGAAGUCCAUACAGUGCGUCAAAGGUUUGCCCCUGCGUGCGACACAGGAAUAAUGGACAUCACAACCACUGCAGAUGCAGCCACCGCCAAACCUGAACCCACUGCUAUGGAGGAGUCAGAACCGCAAGAGGCGCAACAGCCCCGCACAUCAGAGAAGAUUGACUUGUCACUAGAUGACAUCAUCAAACUGAACAAAAAGAAGAACAAGGCAAAUAAGGCUGCCAACAAGGCCCGGGACCGACGUACCACAAACAAAAACACUGUCCUCAAGAAACUGGACAGGGCAGGACAACAGCAGACAUUUCCUUUCAGACGAGGCCCUUAUCAAUUCCAGCAAGGACCCUACAAAUCGCGGUACAUUCCUGGCUACUACCGGGUAAAACCAUAUCUCAGAAAGACUCCCUUUGGAACACAUCACCUCAAAGGUGUGAGCCCUUUAAAAAGACCUCCUUUUAACACAAAGGAAGGAGCACAGUUUGGAAAACAUAAACCGUUGUUCAAGUGUGCGUUUUAUCAACCAUACAGAGGUCCUCCAGGAGCUUUGAGAAGAGGGCAGAAGAAGCCACCAUUCCAGCCCAAACAGAGACAGGGCAGUGCAAAGCCAUUUGUCCUAAACAGAGGGUUUCCUGCAGCAAAUGGAAAAAUUGAUAAGUACCAAAAGGUUAGAAGCUGGAAAAAGGCGCCCUCCGGUGUUUCUACCUUGACGGUGUCACUUCCCAACUCCAAAGCCAACUCGGAGCAGGCGGCCAAGGUAAAGCAGGCCACAGUGAUGGACCGAUCCAGUCCAUCAGGGACAGGGGGUGGGACGUCCCCCCAGCCCAAAGGCAUCCCUCUCAGAUUUAACUUCAAGGCCACUAUAAAUCAGACAGGAGUGACCCUCAAUGACCGCUUCACUGGUAUGAGAAUCUGGGCAGGCCCAGGACAGGGUCCACAGAGAGGCAGUGGCAGGGGAAGAGGCAGAGGCCGGACUGUCAUACUACAGUGAUCAUUGUUGAGGAUCUGUGCUGUCUGUAACCUAUAUCAAAAGCAUCUUAUUAAUCACCCUCUUAACCCUUCCAAUAUGCUCACGUUUUGAAGACACUUUAUAUUGAUGUUUAUUUUAGUAUGUAUGGCACACAUUUUAAUUACUUUUCUUGUUUUCUUGUUUACAAACUGUUUUGACCUCGGGAAAAGGCUAGACAUUCAAUUAAUACAGAACUCAAAAUCACAAGUGAUAAAGAAGCGCUGAAGUGACAGGCUACACAGAUUUAUAUACUCUUCAAAUAGACAGUAGACACACAUUUAUUUUGGGAAAUACCAUGUGAGGUUAGGACAGUGACCUCAGCCUGUUACCCAAAGUAUUUAUAGCACUUUCCUAUGGGGUUGGCAUGUAUAUGGAGGCCAUAUUACAUUAUGUUUACAGCAGCGCCUCUGGAAAUGUACUGAUAAAAUGUCAAACAUUAAUUUAAAUGAGACUAUUACAGUUGUAUGAAGUCGUGAGCAACUUGUGUCCUUCGAUUUGCUUGUUUACUUACUGUCAUUCAGUUGCUCACAUGAGUUGUAAAUUAACUACGAAAUAUAGCUACUUAUUUAAAAACGUAAUAUAAUUAAAUGUUUCAUUUA